UCGUUUAAAAGACCGUGAAAAAAGCGCUGAGCGCGAAUUGUGCGCUGAAUUUAGCGGUAAAGCUGCACUUGCAGCAAUGACGGCAAACUGGAAAACGUAAACAAAGCUGAAACAAUUUUCAGACAACAACAACCACAACCACAACACAACAAGACUGACGACUACAGUUAACGCGGCGGAAGAAUACCAAUAGAGUAAUUCCGCGUGCCAAAAGAAGAAGCAGCAACAACAGCGGCAGACGUGGUGAAUGCAUUGCAAAAAAAAACCAACUUAACGAAGCCAGCAACUGAACGAACGUCGACAGCAUUGGCCUCGCCAUGAACUUGACUAGCUGGCACUGCGAGCGUCUCAGUCAGUUGUCGGUCAGACGCGCACGCAUGCGCACGUCACCAAAAUAUUUGAGCGUCUUUAAGCAGACGAUUUCUAACCGUUAAAGCCGUAGGCGUGUCUGUCGCGCGUGUACAAAUGAAGUAAUUGCAACUGAGCAACGCCUUGUUUGAGUUUCAAAAAUUUCAGUUUGGUUUGGCUUGGCCAACGCAAAUAGAAAAUGUGCUAAAUGCAGCACAGCAGCAACAGCGAAAUUGGCCAAAACACACAGCCACAAGUCAAAUAAAAAAGAAAGCACAGCACGCAUUGGCCAAAAGAAUUUGUGAAAAUCAAUAUUACAACAAAUUACUAAAAAAGAAAAAGAAAAGUAACAACAAAAGCUGAAAUUGUGUUUACGUGUUAAUCGGGUUUUGUACGCCGAAUUGAUUUCGCCCACAAAAGCGACAACUGUUGUUUAUUUGUUGUUGCUGGCUAACAAUCCCUUUCCCCGCAAUUAGCCCAGUUUAAUUUGGCAGCCAGUGAAGCGUAACCAAAUAAUAUAAAUAGUUGAAGACUGUUAAAUUACCCUUAAGGUGUAAAUUGUGGAAAAUGAAUAAAUUUACAGUUGGCAGUUGCAGUAACUGGACGCCGCACAUCCGUAAUUGGCCAACAAGUGAGAGCCAACACAGCAUAUCCUCAACGAGUCGAAAUAGAAAUCGCUGUCAGUCGAACAUGGCCAAUAAGUCGACCAACUGGCUGCCACUGCUGCUGGCCAUGCUCCUCUGCCCAAUCCAGUUCACCAACGUGGUCAACGCGGAUGAAGGCGCCUUGAGCACAACACCUUUAACACCUGAUAUUAGUACGCAAAUUGCAGAGACAACAGCAACAACAAAUGCACCCGAUGGGGAGGAAACGCAGGAGGAUUGGCAGCCACUUGUUAAUGCUACAGGGGCACCACCUCCGCCUCCGUCUCUGUCUUCAUCUCAGCCUCCCCGGCCGUCUCCUUCGCCUGUCAGGACAAAGAUGAGCGGCAGCGACUCGAUUCUAAUGCGAUUGGCACGCACCUUCUCCAGCGGCAACGAUCUCUGGGAUGGCAUCAUACGCGACUGCUAUAAGAGGCCAGACAUGUCCUGUUUCCAGAAAAACGUCUACAGCUAUUUGGAUACAGCUCUGAGUACACAGGAUGUGAACAUAACACGGCGUUUGAAAUUCUACAAAAAUCAGGUGGAGUACGAACCGGAGCAACAGGAACAGGAAACGCCAAAUGAAGCACGUUCCGCCGGUCCGGAAACUCCCAUCGAGGAAGUCUCGAAUGCGUUUUAUGACAAAACAAUUAAGUUCGCAAUGACACACGAUGUGGAACUUGAUCUGCCGGAGAUCGUUUUCAACGGUGCCACAUUUCGGAUCUCGCCCCGGUCCAUCGAAGGCAAUGGGGUCAUUGCCAAACUGGAGUUGAUACCCAAGCAGCUGGUCGAGGCUCGACUGGCCGGCACCAUGAUCAAGAAGAAGAUACACAAAUUUCUACGUAACAAAUUGCUGCUGUCAUUCAUUGCACUGGUGCUCAUUAUUAAGAUCAUCAAAAUCAAGUUAUUCUGGUUGUUACCGAUUGUGAUUGGUGUUGGGGCAGCCAAAAAGUUGCUGUUGAAAUUCCUGCUCUUCCUGUUCCCAGCCUUAUCGCAUUUGUUCAAACUAUGCUCGUAUUAUCAGCAAUCGUAUCACGGCACCAAAUAUCAUCAUCAUCACCAUCUGAUCAAUCAUCAUCAUACGGUGGUUCCGCCCUGGCACAGUGGUGAGCAACAUCAAUCGGUACCGGAACUCAUCUACACACAUCCACCCAAGGGACAUCCGUCGGCCUUUCUGCAUGGCGCACCUGUGCACGAGACUUAUGGUCCUAGGCCAGGACAUGAGCACUUUGAGGGCGCCUGGGAGAGCAGCGGUCCCGGCCUGGGCUCUGACUCAAGGCCAGCAUUUGGGCAACACAGUCCGGUCUAUGUGGCAGCCCCGGGUUAUGGACAGGGACAAGGACCUGGACCAGGACAGGGCCUUACAGCCGCAGCUCAGAUUGCCGCACAAUACGAGCCAGCGCGCAACAAUCAGCAACAACAGCAAAUCCAACAGCAACAACAACAACAACAAUUGGAGCAACAACUUUCGCCCGAACUGGCGGCACAGCUGAAGGAGGCCAUUCGGAUACAGGCUGAGCAGCGUCUGAUCCAACAACAGCAGCAAAUACUCGAACAUCAGCCGUUUGUGCAGGAUGGACAGCCAUUAUAUCCGCUUAACUACGAUCCAUUCUACAGUCCCAUAUUGUUGAAGAUUGAUAAAAUCAUUGAGCAGCUGGGCGUUAAAAAUGAAUUAUGCAAGGAGCGCAUCGUGUGCAGCAUGUACAAGGAUCCGGCCACAUAUAGUCCGCAUAGCAAUUUCAUAUCUGCUGAACUUAGUCGAGAUACCAGCGAACUGGAACCCGUAACGCAUGCGAAUGAGGCAGUGCGUCGCUUUUACCGUUUUAUACAGGCAGCCCGCGACGGCCAGGAUCAAAAGGAUUGCCAAACCCUCUAUCCACACUGCAAUACGCCGGCAAAGUGAUAAAUAUGAAAUUGCAUUGAGCUUCUACUCAAUCAAAUCCUUUCUGAGUCAACUUUUCCUUGUUAAAUCGAACUGUGAAUAUCCGAAUUAUUUAAACAUGUUAAGCAUACUAUAAUUGUU